UUUAUGUUAGCUGUUUUGUCCUUUAAGGACGUUGAGUGGAAUCUCAAAUUGGGUAUAAAAAACUAUGGAUGAAGGGAUUAAUGGCAGUAUUAUAUAGAAAAAACAAAUGAAAUCUGUAGCCCAAUUAGGGAACCAAAAACAAUUAAGUAAUGAAGAUAAUGCACCUCAGCUCCCUCCUCUUCUCUUCUGCUGUUUAUAAACAUGGUGAUAAUGGGUGAGGCUGAAGAAGAUCAGAUCAGAUCAUCAUAUAUAUCAGACCAGAAAUCUAGCUAAUAUUUUCUGAAAUUAAGAAAUUCAAGAAUUUAAGGAUGAGUGGGUCGACAAGUGGCUCCCCUUGUGGUGCCUGCAAAUUCUUGAGAAGAAAAUGCGUUAAGGGCUGUGUUUUUGCCCCUUAUUUCUGCCAUGAACAAGGAGCUUCCCAUUUUGCAGCCAUCCAUAAGGUUUUUGGUGCCAGUAAUGCUUCUAAGCUGCUCUCUCAUCUCCCCGUUGGUGACCGAGCCGAGGCCGCCAUUACCAUCUCCUAUGAAGCUCAGGCCAGGCUUCAAGAUCCCAUUUAUGGCUGCGUUUCUCACAUCUUUGCUCUCCAGCAACAGGUUAUUAAUCUGAGAGCACAGCUGGCUUCUCUCAAGGAACAAGCGGCGCAAACCUUCUGCAACUCAUCUGCAAACCCUAAUCACGACAGAAGCUGGGGAAGACAAGCUUGUUACUCGCAGGAAAAUGUUCAGGGAUGGUUCGGGUCAGGAACCCUAGAAUCCGUGCCCCAAUUUCCCAGCAACAACGUUGGAGAAAUGGGGUUUUACUCAAACGGGAACCUUAACCAUCAUCAUCUAAACCCUAUCUGCAACCAAACCUCGAUUCUUCCCGAGGAAAACAUGUCGUACGCUACCAGCUUUGAAGAAGGGUCUUCUUCCAUGGAUUCCCUCGACAUCCAAACGGACAACAAGCCAUGGCCGGCGGCGUAUCACGACGACCGUGACGACCUCCAAUCGGUGGCUUUCAGAUACCUUCAACACCACUGAUAUGAUGAACCUAAGAUCCUUAAAUAUAUAUAUUAAUGCUGCUCUGAUAUGAUCUGAUCUGUCAGUUUUAUAUUGCUAAAACAAUGCAUUUUCUGCGGCCAUGAAUCAAAAUGAGGUAGCUAGAAACCCUACAAGUGUUUUUGCUCCACCCACAAAGGCUAUAUUUGCUAUAAUCCACCCUAUAAUUGUUUCAGGUGGUCUGAUCUGCAGGCAUAUCAUGUAA